AUGGAUCCAAAUUAGAAUAAUAAUAGAGAUGUAGAUAUAAAUCCAUUUGUUUAAAUACCUCUUACAGAACAGCCAGAAGAAAACUUAAAUGAAGUUCAUGAAUAAACUUAAUUAAGAUAAAACAUUGAGAAUGUCAGAGAAAAUUAAACUCCAGUUUAGAAUGAAUAAUAAAUAGGGGUUGAUGGUUAAUAAAUUUAAAUUAUUAAUGGAAAUAAUGGAAAUGAACAAUAACCUCAGUAGGAUAUAAUUGUUGCUUAAUAGAUUGACUUUAAAGUGGAAAGAAAAUAAGGUAUUAUAGUACCUAUGAGAUUGGACUCAACAGAAGCUUUAAUGUUAUUAAAACCUAUUCCAGACAUAUUAUAAUUUUAACAUAGAUUGAAAUCUAUAUCUCCUUGUUGUGGAAAUUAUUGGGGUGGUCAAUAUUUUGAAGAAUCUUUUUUUGAUAUUCCAAUUUUGGGAUAAUUAUCAUGGAAAGUAGAAUUUGAAAUGCCUAAAUUAGCUUUUAUUAGAAGAUUCCCAGUGACGAUGUUUUACUAUUUAGCUAGUUUAAUACCUCAAAAAGCAGUAACUAAUGAGGAGAAUUAUGAAAAAUGUUUAUGUUGUGACAAUAUACAUUACUUUCCUAAAACUAAUUAUAAAUUAACAAACGAAUUAAUUGAAUUGAGUUUUCAAUAUGGAUUUGGAAAAUUAUAUAUUUAAGGAAUUCUAAUAUUAGAAUUUUAAGAAUCUAAUCCUCAUUUUGCUGAUGUGUAUUAUGCAUCUUAAGAAUCCACUAUGCCAUAAAUGAUUGUCUACUAACCAGAUUAUAUAGGGAAUAGAUUAAUUAGAGUUAAAGCCUAAAAAAAUAAAUGUCCAGAACAUCCAUAUUCUAUAAAAGGAUAUUAAUCUAUACUUAAUUGUUGUUAUAGAGAAAGAGGUUUUGAAAUAGCAGGUUUAACAUAAGGAACUUGUUAAAUUAAAAAUACAAGAAACAAAACUUAAGCUUGUUAUAAAACAUUUGGUUGCAAAGAUGUAUGUAAAUGUGAUUGUUGCAGAUUCUCUGAUUACCCAAAUUUUGAAAUAGUAUUUUAAGAUGUGACUUAAAUUGAUAAAUUAGCUAUUCUAAUAUGUUUAAUUCAUUUCAAUAUGUAUAAUGAAUGGGAAUGGACUGGUUAUAAAGGAAUUAAUUUGCUUGAAUAACUAGCAAGAAUAUUGAAAAUAAUGAACAGAGCAGAAGGUGGAUGGAGACCAUGA